AUGGCUGGGAACAAUAUAACUGGUAAGAUACCUCCAGAGCUUGGGAUGUUAACUCAACUGGGUCAACUUGAUCUUUCUUCAAAUUACCUGGUGGGAGAAAUUCCUAAGGAAUUUGGUGAGUUGACAUCCUUGCUAAAUCUUAGCUUGAGUGACAACCAACUUUCUGGCAGUUUACCAUUAGAAGUUGGAAGGCUAAACAGCCUAAUAUAUCUUGACUUGUCAACAACCACUUUGAAUGGAAACAUACCAAAAGAAAUAGGGAACUGCUCCCGUUUAUUAUAUCUUGAUUUAAGCAACAAAAAAUUUUAUGGAAGCAUUCCAUUUCAAAUUGGCAAUCUAGUUUACCUUCAACUUCGAUUGGACCUUAGUCAAAACAGGUUCAGUGGAGAGAUAUUGUCACAGUUUAAAAAUUUAGGGAGCUUGGAAAUGUUAAAUCUCUCCCACAAUAAACUCUCAGGUACUAUUUUCUCUGCAUUCGAUGGAAUGUCUAGCUUGACAUCCAUUGAUAUAUCUUAUAAUGAGUUCGAGGGUCCGAUUCCAAACAACAGAGCCUUUCAAAAUGCUACAAUAGAAGCUUUGAGAAACAACAAAGCAUUGUGUGGCAAUGCAAGUGGCCUGCAACCUUGCAAAUUAUCCUUUCCGGAAGGAGAAAAGGAAAGACCAGACCACAAAAUCCUGAUUGCUGUCAUGGUUCCAUUGUUAGGUGUGCUAUUUCUUCUGUUUGCUUUUGUUAGUAUUGCUUGUAUUGUCUACCGAAGGGAAAGAAUUAUUGAGACAGGCCAAAGAACAACAACAAAUGAUACAGAUUUAUUUUCAAUAUGGAAUUAUGAUGGAAGAAUAGUAUAUCAAGAAAUUGUUGAAGCAACUGAGGAUUUUGAUGCCAAAUAUUGCAUUGGGACGGGGUGA